AUGUUUGGCAUAAAAAGUUCAAACUCCAAUUUCUCUUCAUUAAUGCAUUAUUUAUGGACUUUCCUUCUAGUAAUAUGGUUUUUAAUUAACAUUUGGUAUAUAAAAUUUAUUAUUACAGAGGCUUUAUCUAGACAAGACCCUCCAGAACCCAUUCCAAACUUUCAAGAUCUUAAUAUUCAGGAAGAUAGAAGUGAGUUACCCUUAAUACUUUCACUAUUAAGUGGUUCAUUUUUGGAUUAUAAAGUUGAUAUUAGAAGACCAAUUUAUUGUAAAGUUGGUGAUAUUGAUUUGGUUAAUGAGAUAUUAACAAUUCAAGAGGAAAUAAAUGUUGAAGUGGAUAUGUUCUCUAUUCUAUUUCAAUACUUCACUGUGACUAACAAUGGGCUGAGUGAAGUUAUUAGAAUAUUAUAUCAUACUUUUGAUUUAAGUAAUAAUUAUGACUUUUCAUUUAUAAUGCAGCAUUUGUCUAAGAUAACUGAUAUAUCAAGUGAAAAUAUUAAAUUUAUUGAUGAUCUUAAUAGUGAAUUUUCCAAUAUAGUUUUAAAUAUUACAAAAUUGAGCAAUAGAAUAAUUUCUUUACCUUUGGAUAAAAUAGACACGAAUUCUGAAGAUUUAGUGAAUUGUAAGGAGGUUUUAGUUGUACACCAAUAUAAUACUUACAAUACUUGUUUAGUACUUUUAAAUUUCUUAGAUGUAUUAAUGGGAAUUGAACCUAAAAAAGUUGUAUCUGGACCUCUAUUAGAUUAUAAUGAAAUGAUGAUUAGUCUUGGUAAAGUGGUUAGAUAUUACAGAACCUCUAUAUAUGAAAUGUUUAAUAAUAUAUUUGCAUUUGUAUCAAGUUGUAAAAAAAUUCAGUUAUCUAUAUCUUUUCCAGUAUUAGGUUCUGAUAUUUCCAGUGUUUAUUUUCAGUUACCUAAAGCCUUUGUUGACUACUCAGAUAGUAAUAAUCCACUAGAUAUUCCACAAAAUUUAAUUAUCGAGUCAAUUAAUGAAGCUACAUAUAUGAAUACUCCUUUUAAAGUUAAAUGUACAAUGAUGUGGAAUGAUUUAGAAAAUAAAAUUGAUAAUACUAUUAGUAACUUACGUUCAUCAUUAAUAGCUAUUCAGCAAUUAAAAUUACUUAAUUAUGGACAUUCUAAGAUUGAGUUGUAUAACCUCUAUAUUCAGUUAUCUGGAACGAUACUUUCACAAUAUUUAGAUUCUAGCUUGGACUAUGAUGUUUUAUUGCAAAAUUCGUUUAAUCUAUUAUCAUCAUAUCAAUCAAAACGUAUGACUACCUUCUUUUUAGAUUUUAUUACAAGGUUAUAUGAUAUUUCUAAAUCGCAUAUUGAAGAUGUUUAUCAUAUAUUGGAACAUAAAACUUUUCAUAGGGGAGUUGUAUUGAAGGGUAAUUCCCAAUUAGUUGAAUUAACUGUUACAAGAGAAUUCAAAUAUAAAGUAAAGGUAUUGAGAGAAGUUUUUCUUCACUUUUCUCAAAUGUAUUCUAACAGAGCCGUACAUAAUAAUAUAAUCAAGAUAAUGUAUUCUAAACAUAUAUAUACUUCUAUAGCUGCUAAUUUAAAUAUUGAUAUAUCUAAAGAUAUUAUCUUAAAGCAUAUAUCACUAUUUCAUGAGUUAUUUAUUCAGAAAGAGCACUUAUUACGUAUUCAAGAGGAUUAUAAAGUGAAUUAUCAUGAAGAUAUACUCAAUAAUAAUUUGAGUUCUGAUUUGAACCAAAUUGUUGAUGAUUUAUUAAAUUAUAGGAAAACUUUAAUUGAUGAUGAAUGCAAUAAAAUAAGAUCUAUAUUUAAAGACGUUAGAAAUUCAGUGGAAUAUUUUAAAGUAUUAGAUAAAGUAGUUGGUAAUGUUAUUCAUAAAUAUUAUAAAGAAAUUUCUAAAUUGGAUGGAUCAAUUCACAAUCUUAUUGAUAACAUAGACUUAAUAUUAAAUAUAGGCUAUUUAGACCUAGAUAUUUUGAGCAGUAAGACUGGUAUAGUUAGUUUUAUUUCUAGAGGAUAUUGUACAAUUGAAGAUUUAAGAAUUUACUCUUAUAUUAAUUUAUAUAACAAACUCCGUAGCUGUAUUGGAGAAUUUCAAGAAAUAAAUAUUGAUUAUCUUUAUUUUUUUCAAGAAUUGCAACAAAAUGAUUAUAUGGAAUUUGUAAAUUAUCUACAAAAUAAAGAGAGUACUUUAAGAUCAGUUAUUCUUGAUUUACAUGGAAAAUUGAAUAAUAUUGAAAAAAGUCUCAAUAUUAGAGAAAUGUUAAAUCGUAUAAAUCUUUUAAGUUUUUAUUUUGGAAUGGUUAUGAGGCAAAUUCAAUUCAAUGUUGAAUUAAGUAGAGGAAGUUUGGUGCAAAGUCAACUGGAGAUGUUUUAUUUCCUUUUAUUCUCACCAGAAUCUUUGUUAGUAAAAGAAACUCCUUUUUUUAAUAGAAUAUCUCUAUUUAGCCCAACUUUAAAUGAUAAAGUGCAUACAAUAGUUUCAGCCCUCAAUAUCAUCAAAUAUUUCUUAGAAUCAUUUUUCUUAGAUUUAUUCAAUAUUCUUGAAUUUCAAUAUAUUGUUGUAGAAUUUGAACAGUUACAUAAUAUUUUAGAUGAAGUACGGAGUGUAGAGAAAAAAUUAACACAAGAAUUAGUAAAAUCUUAUAAAACUGGUAGGUAUUUAUAUUCCACAAAAUCAGAUGAUGUAAUAUUCGAUAUGCUUCAGACUUCAACUAUGUUAUAUUUAGAAUAUUCCAAAGGUAACUUCUAUUUAUUAAGAUAUUUAACUGAAAUGAAAGAUCCUGAGGAUUUUCAAGAGUUAUUGUAUUUAAUAAGUAAUAUGUUGGAUAGUUUAAAAAUGGUCAAAAUUAGUGGAAUUAACUUGAAAUUAGAUAAUUUAUAUAAAAAUGGAUUGGUUGAAGGUCUUUCUUUUAAACAACACUUAAAUGGAAGGUGGUUUCAAAAAAAUCAUUCAUAUAGCAAAUCUACCUUACCAAGUAAUUGUAAAAUUGCUUAUUUAGAUACAAUUUAUGUUGAUGGAAUUACAGAUAGUAGCACUAAUAUAUAUAAUUGUGUUGUUAUCCAUUGUACUAUUAAUUCUUUAGAUGGUUAUCCGAAAUUUUUGUCUGAUAGAGCCCAAAUACUAGAAGGUAUCUUAUUACCUGAAGAUAUAUACAAUCUUUUGAGUGAUAAUUUCUUAGUACAUGUUAUGGCUAUUGAACCAAGUGUUGAAUUCAGUUCAGCAUAUAUUAAUAUUAUUGAAAGCAAAUUAAUACUAUACUUUAUGUUAUUACCAUUAGAAGAUCUGGUCUACUUUACAAAUAUAAAUAGUUUAGUUCUUUAUCUUGGUGAAAUUGGUCGAUAUUUAACUAAUCUUAUAGAAAAUAGUUUCUCUUUAUUUAUUAAUGGCAAUUCAGAUAUAACUGAAAAUGGAUUUUUGGGGACUCAGAUUAUAUAUAUUUUUAAAUCAAGAUGUAGAUAUCCUAUUAAUAUUUUAGGCAGAUAUUCAGGAUUUAAUGGUGAAUUUCCUGUUGCAAUGGCUGUUAUGGAUCAUGAUGGAUAUAAUCCUACAGAUAUAAAAAAAUUAAAAGAAGUGGCGAUUGCUACUAAUAUUAAAACUAAUAUUAACUUGAAAGCUGUAUGUGUGAAUUUUGUGAAAUAUAAAUAUACAAAUUCGAAUAUAGAGUAUGCAUGGGUUUUAAAUAAACAUAGUCAUUUGUUACAUUUUAUAAUGUUUCAAAGAGCAUUUAUAGAUCUUUUUUUAUUAAAUCAAGCUAUAGAUUCUAUCUUAAUAUAUCCAGUAGCUUUAUCAUAUACUGAGGAAAGACAGUUUGGUACGGUGAGUAAUUUAUUCAGUUCAUUAUUCUCUUUUGAUCAUGACUAUUUAAAGCAUAUAUUUUAUGAUCCGGUACUAGGAUAUCUAUACUUAGAUAUAAGGAAAGGAAAUGUAUAUAGUUAUGAUUCUGCAGAGUCAAUUUUGGAUAAUAUCAAAGCGAGUUUUAAACGUAUUCUUUUUGGAAAUACUAAAAUACGUAAAGUACCUUAUAUGGAACUAGAUAUAAGUAGUAAUAUUAAUCAACUACAAGAUUUACUUAUUAGCCAGACAUUGCCUUUAUAUGCAAGUGCUAGGAGAAAUUAUGAAGCAAAUUUAGUACUUGUUACUCUUAAUGAGAACUUUAGUUUGCAAGAUGCAUUGAAAUAUCGCAUUUUAUUACGUAGCAUUGAUGCUGAGACAAAACUUAUAAUUCGUAAUUCACCUAGUAAAAGUGCUUUACGCAAAAUAUAUGGGAUUAAAAGUGCUUAUCUGGAUGUUGAAGAAUGUAAAUUUAUUUAUUCAGAUCAAUUAGCUGGGAUUACCGAUAUGAUUUUUCGUAAUCUUAUAACUGCUGUUAUUCAACUUCCGGGGAAAGUAUCAAGAGUUAAUAAUUGUCCUGCAUUGAAUGAAUUCUUGAGUGAAAUAUCAAUUGAAGCUAUUAAAACUCAAGAAAUGGCUCCAAUUACAGCAGUACAAUUGCCACCUCUAGCCCAAACAAAUAAGGUACUAAUUGAUAAUCAACCAUAUGAAGUUCUCCUUUAUAAUGAAGAUAAUGUCUUCAAAAUUUCCUUAUUAUAUUUAAAUGAACAAAAGAAUGGAAGGAAAUAUAUAUUUAUGGCUCAUCAAAGUUAUACUUUACAAGAUUAUUCUAAUCUUGAACUAUCAGACUUUGUUCAUAUAUAUGAUUGUGUACGGAAUAUUGUAAUGGUGAAUAGUGAAACUCUCAUAAGAAUAUUUUAUAAUGAAGUUCAACGAGACGAUGUAUUACGUAUUAUUCCACUUUUGAUGGGAUUUUAUACUGGUUAUGGGAUUAGUCUUGUAGAAAAUAAUAAUGAAUAUUUUAUUGACUAUGACUUAUGCAUAAACGGUGAUUGCAGAUAUUUUAGAGUAUUUAGAUACUUGACAUGUAAUAUAUAUGAGACUCUUUUAUUAUAUCAAAGAUAUUUGAAUGAGGCUGAUGAUGAAUUAGUACUCAUUGUACCAUAUGGUGAAAGGCCAAAUAUAUACUUUGCUGGGUUCAAUGUUGUCACUCGUUUUGGUGGUGCAUUCAUGUUUAGAAGUGCUAGUGGCUUAGAACUUCACUAUGAUCCUCAGCAAUUUGAUUCUGCAUGUAAUUUUGCUUUACAAUUUUACAAAAAAAACCCGGAUUUAGAAAUCAAAAUGAUAUGUUAUGAUUUAAAUAUAGAUGAUCUAACUAUUCCACUAGGUGCUACUACAUGCCCAGUGGGUCCAUUAACUGGUACUGAGAUCCAACCUUGUUAUGCUUCCGGAAGGAGGGUCAAUGUUGACGAUGAAGGUAAUAUACUGUUAGUAACAAUUUAUGAAGGAUUUGAGCUUGAUGCAAUUCAUGAAAUUCUAAAUAUAAAGUUAAGUGGAUUACCUGUCAGAUAUACUUUCGAAGGUCAAGUCGAAAGUCAAGGAACUUCAGUUAAAGGUACCUGGGUAGAUAUUGAGGGAUUACUCGAUAUUCGUGAUGAUCUGAAAUUAAUCACUAUUAAAACUACUCCAAAUCCUAAGUCGCAUAUACUAGCCAAUAAAGUAAAAGAACUAAUAAAACUCCUUAAUAGCUCUUACACGGUCAAUAUUAUUGAUCGUUUUAAUAUUAAAAUCAAUUGA